AGUGCGGUGCUGGAUUUGCGCUGUAAUAGUGUAUUAUUGCACACUGCUCUAACAGCAUUAUUUUAAUUCCUUUAGCGAUUACUGUUGCAGUUUUGCACUGAAUCUCGGCUCGAUUCAGUAAAAAUGGUGAAGAUUGCGUUUAAUUCCGCCCUGGCGCACAAAGCUCUGGGUAAAGAAGCGCCGCUCUCAGAUCAGGACCCAGAGACCGGCUCAGUGUACAGCGCUGAGACCUCCACCGGGCGCUGUCUUCUUACUCUGCUCGGCCUGGCCUUCAUCAUCUCAGGUCUGAUAGUCGGAGGAGCCUGUGUGUACCGCUACUUCACCCCUAAGAAGCUGUACCACGGCUCCAUGCAGUUCACCGAGCUGGACAGCGCAGACAUGCCGAUGGACGUGGAGGUGCAUGAGCCAUAUUACCUCCCCCGCAUCGAUGAAGACGUGGAGAUUCGGGACAACGUGGCCAUCAUCAACGUUCCUGCUCCUCGUUUUGGGAAGGGAGACCCGGCAUAUAUCCUACAUGAUUUUAAGAGGAAGCUGACGGCUUAUUUGGAUUUAACUUUGGGAAACUGUUUUGUCAUUCCUCUCAACACGUCAGUGGUGAUGCCUCCUCAGGAUCUGCUCGACCUCUUCCUGCAGCUCAUGUCUGGUUCGUAUAAGACGUUCCUGGUGCAGGAGGAUCUGGUGGUGACCGAACGUAUUGAUGACAUUAGUCCUCUGGGUUAUUAUAUUUACAACCUAUGUGAGGGUAAACCCACGUACAGGAUGCAGCGGCGCAGUGACAUCAUGGGAAUACAGAAACGCUCAGUGGAAGACUGCUUCAAAAUCCGCCACUUUGAGAACAAAUUCGUCACCGAAACCAAAAUCUGCCGAGCCUGAGAAAGCGGGGCGUCAGGAGGGGACAGAAGAUCCCCCUUUCAUUGCCUGGUGGGGUGACGUGGAGCGAAUUAAGAGUGAGUGAGGUGGUGUUAAGCAGAAAGGGGCCGGUCUUCUACUCCUGCUAGUGCUUAUUUUAGAAUACGUUCUAAUGAAUGGCAGACCUUUUUGCUUUUUUCUUCUCCACCUGCUCACAGCUUAGUGACCUAGAACCAAAACCUAAAUCAUUUAGUAGUUUUCUACACCCUAAAUGCCUCUACAGGGGCGCCAUUUUAGUGUGUUCUUUCUGCUUCUUUACUUUGUGGACGAUGGUGUUAGCGUAAAUAUUUCAUGCAAAAUGUCGACCUUGAUGCAUUUGACCUGAAUUAAUGUUACUACUGAAGCACAUGUUGGUAAUCUAGUCUCACCUGUAUGAUAAAUAAUCCUCACUUGCGUACGCUUCUCAGAAACUUCUACAGUCUAUUCUGUUUAUGUUCCUCUGUAGGUCAUGCGACUGGGUUGUAAUUUUAGUGUGUACAGGUUGAGGGUGCUAUACGUAGUUUUGCAUCUGGAUUUGGAUUGCAUGAAGCAUUAACUCGGCUAAAGAACACAUUUGAAGACCAGAUUAAUACUGGAAAGUCUAGGGCAUUUUACCCAAACUCUGCUAUCCAGACAUGAUUCAGUCCAAACACUGUAUCUAAGACUGGAUCUGAAGUCAACCUAAAAAGUGGGAUCCCAUUUGCUUGUAUUUUAGUUUAAAUUAAAUCCUAAUCCAAUACCACCUGGUUUCAACCAAAUACGUUAUAAAAAGUUAUAAUAAAUUAAAUGUAAAGGACAAAUGCAGGAUUUUAACGGCUUCCUAAGUGCCACCACAAUUAUUAAACCACUGUUUAAUGCAUCUAUUAUAAAACCUGCUAUUAAACUUAUUCCAUUUCGGUCACUUGUAUCCAAUGUUUACUUUUAAAAUGUCAAAACAAGUUGACAUACUUUAAUAAAAAUGUGCAUUAAAGGAAAUUCAGGACCUACAAACUGCAGAAAAUAAUUUAAGCCUUUCCUAAUUCAACAAAGCAAGUUCUUAAAUUACUUUAAGAUACAUAAAUAACAGAAAUUUAUAUUAAAAAAAAAUGUGCUGGUACUCAGCAGUGCUGCCGCCUAAACUACUCAGUCAAUUGUCUGUAAGAAAAAUUCACAUUUUGAGAGGAAAGGUUGUUGCUGUGCUGCUUUAUUAGCUACCUAGAGAUAUCCCAGUUAUUUAGAUAUUGGGUCUAUUGGUUCUUCAAUGGUGCAACCACAUUUUAAAACUAAUAACACACCUACCCAACAAUGUAGGUGGGAUUAGUUCUAAAGCAGAGAAUGCAUUCCUUAUUUUUAUUAGGUUAAAAUCAAAGAAACUGAAAGUACUCAAACAUCAAAAUAGAUGGUAAUUAAAAAUAAAUGCAAACACUUGCAACACCUAAACAUAGUCCAUUUUAUUAAUGUGAAUGUGUUUAUCCACACCCAUAUAACACCCACAACCUCAUGGAAAGUCCAACUUAAUCUGUAGUUUUUCCAUAGUGCUCCAAUGUGCUCCAAAAAUUCUGUAUUUGGAAAGUAAGAACGCACUUUACUUUGUUUAUAUAAUGUUACAAACUUGCACCAUUCUGAACAAGUACUGAACAAUACUGGUGUACUAGCUCUACCUAGUGUUAGCCCGGUAAAUUGUGACUAUAUAACAUAUAAUCAUUUUCCCAGAAUGCACAGUGUACUAUAGCUAAUUUACUUGUUUGACAGCAGGAAAUGGGAACACCAUACUGGAUAAUGGUUGUCUGAAUAGCUUUGUUUGGGUGUGGUCAAUUGUAUAAGGUUUCUAAUUUAGUCAUUUAAGCUGGCACAGUUUUUGUGACCCCCUAGACUGAAGUGGGUUUAGAUUCAGAGCGGUCUCGCCUGGCCGUCUCAGGAUUCUACCACCUCGUCUGAUUGGUUGCUGGUCGCCUCAGAACAACUUGCUUGCCAGUAGUCAGUGGUGUGUUAACCAUCACUCAACUGAUCACAAAUGGUUUUAAUGUUUAGAAGGAAGUGUUCAUCCUCCAGCAAAAGGAUGUUACAUAGAAAUUAAGUAAAAAAAAAAUGUUUAUUAUUUUGUAUUGUUGGGAGAUUUCAGAAUCCUGAGUGCUUUGUAAUGAAGAACAAGAUGUGUUAUAAUAUCUAACAGCUUGUACAGAUGCAUCAUGCUGAGCUUGAAGAUGUUUGGUCAGUUUGGUGUAAAUAUUCUCUUUUGUUGUUAUCUUUCUCUUGUCGUUGCAUCCUGUUCACUCCAACAUGGCACUGUAUACUGUAAUAGUUUGAAAUCCCCAUUUUCAGAUGGAUCAGUAGUUCAACUUCUGCUCAGGAUGAUAUUCAUGACUGGAGAGAUGAUUGUUGUAUUUCUGUUCAUCAAGACAGAAAAUGAAACAUGAAUGGAGCUGGAUGAUUUGAUUGAUUGAUUGAAUGAACCACUGUUAAUGUUGGACUGCUGAUUAAUAAUGUGUGUAAAAUAAAUGCAUUUCUUUACCUAAAA